AGACCCUGGUAGGGUCGGUGAGGUCAGUGGAGUCCUCUGGUCCUGCAAAUCUCCCGUUUCCCCUUUUCGCACGUAUGCGGGCGGGACAGGUUGGGUCCCCAGAGCUAGUUAGAGCUCGGUCAACUUUGCGGAGAGUCUGUUAAUAGCAUAAAGGGUCAUGUUUAGACCUCUGAAAGAACUUCCUUAAGAAUUUGGACCCACAGGCAACUACUGCCACUUUUUGCUCCUGUCCGAGUCUCUUACCCCUAACAUAGGGACGCACCCGGAGCCGGGAUGAUCUGGUCUGGCCUUCUCCGUGGCCUCAACGCGUCCCUAAGUCGUGGACUGGCCCUGGUUCCCAGGCUCUGGGCCCCCCGCUCCAUGGCUACCCUGAACCAGAUGCAUCGCCUGGGGCCCCCCAAGCGGCCACCCCUGCGUCUUGGCCCCACGGAGGGCCGGCCGCAGCUGAAGGGCGUGGUGCUGCGCACAUUCAUCCGCAAGCCCAAGAAACCCAACUCAGCCAACCGCAAGUGCUGCCGCGUGCGGCUCAGCACCGGCCGUGAGGCUGUCUGCUUCAUCCCCGGCGAGGGCCACAGCCUGCAGGAGCACCACGUGGUCCUCGUGGAAGGUGGCCGCACCCAGGAUCUGCCUGGUGUCAAGCUCAAAGUUGUUCGGGGCAAGUACGACUGUGGACAUGUGCAGAAGAAGAAGUGACCGGUGGGUGCAGUGGCCCGGGCUCCCUACAGAAAAAGAACCUUGCUCUCCGGCUCCCGGCUCUUGCCUCUGACAGGUCCUCAGAAACUAGCUGUUCUUGCUGUCCAUGCAGCAAUCCUGAGCCCCGCCUCUUCCAUCAGGACCCCCACCAGCUCAUAUGGGUUCUGGGGGUGGAUCAGAAAAAGGUCCUCCCGUUAGUACUCUUGGGGUCAGAGGUCACUGCUGGCAUGAGGGGCUUCUUCUGCCAGGACAGGAUGCUGGGCUGCUGUUGGCUGGGAAGGGGUUGUAAUAAACACACAGAUCCUGAUGGUUGC